GCCAGGGACGGGGCAGACCGGGGCUACCCUCCACAACAGCUGGUGCAGUGACCGUUGCCACAGUAACCAUGCGUCUGACUGCGCUGCUGCUCCUCGUGGCGUGGCUGCAGCUCGCCCGUGGGAGACGGGACCCCUUCUAUUGGCUGUCGGCCCUGCGGGGGCGGGGCUACGGGUACGGGUCCCUGCAGGCAGACACCACGGGGGGGGACUGCCCCGCGGAGUGCGACUGCCCCCCCACGUUCCCCGUGGCCAUGUACUGCGACAGCCGCAGCCUGCAGCACGUGCCCUACAUCCCGUCCCGGAUCAAGUACCUGUACCUGCAGCACAACCUCAUCAGCAGCAUCCCGGACGGGGCCUUCCACAACGCCACCGGCCUGGUCUGGAUCAUGAUGCACCAGAACAACCUCAGCUCCGACGGAGUGGGCAAGAGGGCCUUCGCCGAGCUGGGCAGCCUGGACCGGCUCUACCUGUACCACAACCAGCUGUCCCGCGUGCCGGCCAACCUGCCCCGCUCGCUGAGGGACCUGCGCCUCAGCCACAACCACAUCGCCCGCGUGCCGGCGGCCUCCUUCAGCGGCAUGGCCAACCUGAGCGUGCUGCUGCUCAACCACAACGGCAUCCAGGACGUGAGCGGGGCACUGCGGGCCCUGCCCGCCCUCACGCUGCUGGACGUCAGCAACAACAGGCUGCGGAAGGUGCCGGAGAGCCUGCCGGGCAUGCUGCAUCAGCUGUAUCUGGAGUCCAACAGCAUCUCCGCGCUGCCCGGCGGCUUCCUGGACGGCUUCCUGAAGCUGCAAUACGUGCGCUUCGGCCACAACCUGCUGACCGACCGCGGCAUCCCGCCCAACACCUUCAACAACAGCGGCCUGGUGGAGCUGGACCUGUCCUACAACCUGCUGGAGCACAUCCCGCCCGUCAGCACCCAGCUGGAGCACCUGUACCUGCAGGCCAACCGCAUCAAAGAGUUCACGCUGAGCAGCCUGUGCAGCAGGGUGGACGUGGUGAACUUCUCGCACCUGAAGGUCCUGAGGCUGGACGGGAACGCGCUGAGCCGCGAGGACCUGCCCAACGACGCGGCCCUCUGCCUCCGCCUCGCCGCAACCAUCGAGAUGUAGUCCCUCCCCGGCCUCCCGUUUCCGAGACUGGCUGUGUCCGAAAUGGCUCUUCACUAACUAGUAAACUAGAUUGGCCGGUCAGCCAUCUUGUUCUAGUGUCCGAAUUCAAAAACAUAAUUUUACUCGCAUUUUGAGAGCACUAGAAAU